AUGGGUGAUCAGCACCGCUGUUUAUUGGCUGCUCCAUCGCAGGAAAUGGCAAAGCCAUUCCAUCCCAAAAGCAGUUGCUUCCAAACUGUGUUGGUAUGGCUUGUUUCAGGCAUUUUAACGGUAAUGGUAGUUUCAUUGUUGUACUGCCUCUUCAAGAGACUACUUAAAUGCAAAAGGGAAUUGAAGGCACUGAAUGUUGCAGGUGCAAUAGAUGAUAAGAGUUUGAAAUAUGAUAAUAUAUCGUUAAGGUGUUUUGAUUUGGAGGCACUAGCGAAGGCUACAAACAAUUUUAGCUCAGAUUGCUUGCUGGGUUCUGGUGCGCUUGGAACGGUGUAUAAAGGAACCUUCGAAUCAGAAGGAACGUUGGCCAUUAAAAGAGCUCACGGUGAAUCAUUCCUAGCCAAGGAAGAGUUCAGAAAAGGUCAGAUUCGAAUUCGAUAUGUAGCAGAAGUGAGCCUCAUUUCGAAAGUAAAGCACAGGAAUCUUGUUAGUUUGGUGGGAUAUUGUGAAGAACCUGAGCAGAGCUUGUCAUGGAGAUGGGUCCAAAUGCUGGUUUAUGAGUAUGUGCCUAAUGGUUCUCUGCUCGAAUGCAUGAUGGGAAAUAGAGGGAAGAGCUUAACUUGGAGGCAAAGAGUAAACGUAGCAACAGGAGCAGCUAAAGGUAUAGCUUAUUUGCAUGAAGGGGUGACACCAAAUAUAAUUCAUCGUGACAUCAAACCGAGCAACAUCUUACUAGGCGAAGGGUUUGAGGCUAAAGUUUCAGAUUUUGGGUUGACAAAAUCAGGACCAACUAGUGAUCAAUCUUAUGUUAGCAGCCAGAUCAAAGGAACCCCAGGAUACCUUGAUCCCACUUAUUGUUCAACCUUUCAUUUGACCACUUUCAGUGACGUUUAUAGUUUCGGUGUCAUGCUUCUCCAGCUUAUUUCUGCUAGACCGGCCGUUGAUACCAAAAAAGAUCAAAAUAUUUCUCACAUUAUUGAUUGGGCAAGGCCUAGCUUAGAGAAGGGUAAUAUUGAAGAAAUUAUAGAUGUCAAUUUGCUAUGUGAGCCUUGCAAUAUGAAGGUUAUGUUGAAGAUGGGUCAGCUUGCUCUCAGAUGUGGGGCUCAAGUACCAAAAUAUCGGUCUACAAUGACUCAAGUGUAUCGAGAUCUAGAAGAAGCUCUUUAUGGAGCUGAUCACUUGGCUGGCAAACUAUCUUCAAAGAAUUUCAGAAAAUCAAGUAGCACAUCUCAAGAAUCAGCAGAGUCAGGGGCUUUCAAAUCUAUAGAAAACGAUGACUAUUCAAAGAGUUCUGUGAGCAUAAAUGGUGCUGAAUUUCGAAAGUUUCAUAUUGAUAUGGAUAGUUUAUCCUUUCAAAGCACAAACUUAAGAUGCCUAGAAAAUAAUAGUAUUAGCAUUAACACUGAUGUCAAUACUUUGAGGAGAAUUCAAGAAGAUAAGGCUACACAAAAGGCAGUAGCUUCAAUGAAUUUUGUGCCUGGGUCUUUGGCAACCCUUAAAAGUGUUUCUAAGAAGGAUUUUUUUGCAAAACGAGACGAACUCCUCUAUAUAUUUACUUCGUAA